AUGCCAAAACUUAGCUGGAAAAUGCGUAUACGGCAUAUUACUUGGGCCUACUUCACUCUCACCAUGGCAACCGGUGGUUUAGCCAACGUCUUUUACUCUGUUCCCUAUCGAUUUUCCGGUCUUGAGACGAUUGGAGUCGUGACGUUCUUGCUGGAUGUGGUAUUAUAUAUUCUUAUCUGGAUUUUGCUUAUUGCGAGAUUCUGUCUUUAUCCGUAUACACUUAAGGCCUCGUUUCUCCAUCCCACAGAGUCUUUGUUCGUUCCAGCUUCGAUUGUCUCUCUGCAAACAAUUGUGAUAAAUAUUUCACAAUACGGAAUUGGUCAUGCUGGUUAUUGGCUUACUGAAGCAGUCAGUAUAUUGUUUUGGAUUCUCACUGUCCUUGCAAUUCUUUUUUCGACAGGCAUAUACGUACUUCUGUGUGUCUACACCUGA